UCCCUCGGCCUGCGCGCACGACCCCGGCGUUUCCCCCUAAGCCGGCUGCUGACAGACGCUGGCUCGAAGGAGUUAAAGUGGCCGGGCUCCCCCUCCGCCCGCGGCCACGCUGCCAGGGCCGGGCCCCUUCCCCCAGCCGCCGAGCGGCUUCCUGACGUCAGCCCGGCGCACGGCGCAGGCGAUGCGCUAGCGGGCGGCUUGGAGCUUUGCGCGGCGGCGUAGACCCGUGGCAGGCGGCUGCAGGCGGCUGGGAGAGCGCUGCGGCAGGCCCUUGCCUGCAGCCCCGCCAGCAUGUCCGCGAAGGAGCGGCCAAAGGGCAGAGUGACCAAGGACAGCGUCACUCUUCUGCCCUGCUUCUACUUCGUGGAGUUGCCCAUACUGGCAUCUUCUGUUGUUAGUCUCUAUUUCCUUGAACUUACUGAUGUCUUCAAGCCAGUUCACUCUGGAUUUAAUUGCUAUGAUAAGAGUUUGAGUAUGCCAUACAUUGAACCUACACAAGAGUCUGUCCCCUUCUUGAUGUUGCUUAGCCUGGUUUUUGCUGGACCAUCGAUUACGAUAAUGAUAGGAGAAGGAAUACUCUACUGUUGCCUGUCCAAAAGAAGAAAUGGGACUGGAACAGAAGCCAAUAUUAAUGCAGGAGGAUGCAACUUCAAUUCUUUUCUUAGACGAGCUGUCAGAUUUGUUGGUGUUCAUGUGUUUGGUCUUUGCUCUACUGCUCUUGUUACUGAUAUUAUACAGCUGUCAACAGGAUAUCAGGCACCCUAUUUCCUGACUGUCUGCAAGCCCAACUAUACAUCCUUAAAUGUAUCCUGCUCAGAGAAUUCCUACGUUGUGGAAGAUAUUUGCUCAGGAGCUGAUCUCAAUAUUAUCAAUGCUGGAAGAAAAUCAUUCCCUUCUCAACAUGCUACCCUGGCAGCCUUUGCAGCAGUGUACAUUUCGAUGUACUUCAAUUCUACAUUAACAGACUCCUCAAAACUUCUGAAACCACUCUUGGUCUUUGCAUUUAUCAUCUGUGGAAUUAUAUGUGGCCUGACUCGGAUCACCCAGUAUAAGAAUCAUCCAGUUGAUGUUUACUGUGGCUUUCUCAUAGGAGGAGGAAUUGCUCUCUAUUUGGGCCUGUAUGCCGUGGGGAACUUCUUACCAAGUGAUGAGAAUGUGUUUCACCAAAAUUUUCACAGAGAACCUCUAAGGUCUUUGACAGACCUCAGUCAAGAUGCCAACAGAAUCCUGCCAGGUAAAAAUGGUAGCAGCAGUGACAGCAUUGUCUCUCACCGCCCAGGAAGCAUCCUGAAUAGAAACCACAGAGAUUCAGGAUCUCUGACCAAUCUCAAGAGAGCAAAUGCCGAUGUAGAAAUAAUAACACCACGAAGCCCAAUGGGAAAGGAAAAUAUGGUUACCUUCAGCAACACUCUGCCAAGAGUCAACACACCAUCCUUGGAAGAUCCAGCAAGACGAAAUGCAACCAUACAUGCGUCAAUGGAUUCUGCCCGUUCCAAACAGCUGCUUUCCCAGUGGAAGAACAAGAACGAAAGCCGAAAGUUGUCACUGCAGGUGAUAGAGACUGAAUCUGGCCAGUCGCCACCGAGGGCUAUCGAAAUGAGAUCAAGCUCAGAACCGUCCAGAGUGGGUGUAAAUGGUGACCAUCACGGCCCAACUAGCCAGUACCUGAAAAUUCAACCUGGCAGUGUUCCGGGUUGUAAUAACUCAGGUCUUUCCAGUGGGCCAAGGGUCUCUAUUCAGUCACGUCCUGGCUCAUCCCAGCUAGUACAUAUUCCUGAAGAGACUCAGGAGAAUGUUAACACGUCUCCAAAAAGUAGUUCAGCUAGGGCUAAAUGGCUGAAAGCUGCUGAGAAGAGUGUUGCCUGUAGAAGUAAUAGUCAGCCAAGAAUCAUGCAAGUGAUAGCCAUGUCUAAGCAGCAGGGAGUGCUUCAGGGUGGUCCAAAAGGUUCAGAGGGAAGCACAGUUACCUGUACAGGAGCCAUCAGAUACAAAACCUUGACAGACCAUGAGCCAAGUAGCAUUGUCAGAGUCGAAGCCCAUCCAGAAAAUAACAGACCUGUAAUUCAGAUGCCAUCAGAAGGUGAAGGAAGUGGGUCAUGGAAAUGGAAAGGUCCUGAGAAAAUUACCCUUCGUCAGACAUAUGAGCUAAAUGAUCUUAACAGAGACUCUGAGAGCUGUGACUCCUUAAAAGACAGUUAUGGGUCAGGUGACAGAAAAAGGAGCAACAUAGAUAACAGCGAGCAUCACCAUCAUGGAAUCACUACAAUAAGAGUAACACCAGUGGAGGGAAGUGAGAUUGGCUCAGAGACCCUGUCCAUCUCUUCUAGCCGUGACUCAACCCUUCGAAGAAAAGGUAAUAUCAUUUUAAUUCCUGAGAGAGGGAGCAGUCCAGAGAACACCAGAAACAUCUUCUAUAAAGGUACAUCCCCAACACGAGCAUACAAGGAAUGAGAGGAGACAUAGCAGCUGGUCCGUACCACCACACUGAAACGCAUCGUGACACAUCUGCUCUCUUCGCUUUGAGCUGAUAUUUACCUUCCAUGUGCCAGAUUCUUGACCAGCAGCCCAAAAUGAUGUUGAUCACUGCUGAUGUGCAAUGUGUGUGAACCUGUGGAAAGCAUGUGGUGGUGGGAAAAGCACAAUGCCAGAACCUAACUAAUGUGAAAUAUUUUCAUGUGACUUGUUUCUUCAGACUCUGAACUGUUUAGCUGAGUGUGAUGAUGUCAAUCAACAGGAUGGUCUUGAACACAGACAUUUUAUUCUCUGAAUGUGCCAACUUUCUAUUUUAUUUAUACUUGUGUCCAAAGUCAACUGGAUUUUUCCUCAGCAAUGGCUGUCCCCGUGGUAUAUAUUCACCUUUGCAGAAUUUGCACCAAAUCUUUCCUACAGGAUGGUGCUGCUGAUAACUUCCCAUGUUUGUAGGCCUUACGUACUUACAAGACUCUGCAAACACAUGACAUUGUUGAUGUGCAGUUACUUUAAAAAGUAGUGUUGCUAAUACUAUGAUGAUGCUGGCUGCAUUCAUUUAGUGUAGGAAAUAUUUACAGCUUUGUUAUAGUGGAUCCAUCACAUUCAAAGAUUGCAAAGGUUUUGUGUAGUUCUUUAAGAUGUCUGGUCUACUGCAAAAACAACAACAAAAAAAAAGUGUGGGUGCCAUUACAGUACAAUGGAGUAUCUCUAUUUGGAAUAGUUUUGCUGCUGCCGCUCAACUUUUGUUAAACAACAGGUGCUACUAAUGAAGAGGCUGCUUCUUAGUGGGUUAACUUGUAGAGAUGUUGUCAAUUACAUUUUUUAAGGGGUCUUUUGAAAUACUACCAGUCAUUCAGAUUUUACAUCGUUAAACCUCUUAUUCUGUCCUUCAGCAACCCUCUCGGUUUUUUCCUAUUAUUUUCCAUAUAAUGCAGGUUUUUAACCAGUAACUGCAAGAUGUGCCAUGAGUAAGAAAAAAAACCCAACAGCCACUUCCCUGACCAGGUUGCAAGAAGUGAUUAAUAUCAUAUCUCACACUUAGAAGCAGUCAUUCACCUCGCCUGCUUAGUAUGCCACAAGAAUAAUCACAAGUUUCACUCCAGUCACCAUCACUGAGGGAAUUUGUGCUUCACUUUAAGAAUGGAAUGCCUUGGUAUUGCAGAAUCACUGGAUGAGUGUUGCAUUGUGCCACUACUGUUCACCUCCCUUCAGACAGAGCCUCCUUAAACGUUGUAUUUUUUCCUACCACUGCCACUUAAGAAUAGGGAGGGUCUCUGAACCUGAGAGUACACAAAUUAUUGUAGUAAACUGAACUCUAAAUAUAACAAAAUGCCUAGCCUGACAGAAACCUCCAUUGGAAAACUGGUGAAAGGAUAAGCUCUGAAAGGAAUAAGCAUAUCAUGUUCUGGGCAUGCUGGAAGAAAUGCCUUAUUACACUUGGUUCUGACUUAAAUAAUUUAAACCAUUUAAUUUAAGCUGCAUCUAGUUCUGGUGUCUCCAGCAUAAGAAGGUCACAGAGCUGCUAGAGUGAGUCCAGAGGCUGGAGCACCUCUGCUAUGAGGCAGGCUGAGGGAGCUGGGCUUAUUCAGCCUGGAGGACCUUAGAGAUGCUUUCCAUUUCCUGAAGGGAUCCUACAGAGGGACUUUUCAUGAGCAUGUCUUGCAACAGGCCAAGGUGGAAUGGUUUGAAGCUGAGGGAGAGCAGGGUUAGACAGGAUCUUAGGGAGAAGUUCUUCAGUACAAGGGUGUCACCACCCAGGGACCCAGGUUGCCCAGGGAGGUUGUGGCUGCCUCCUCUCUGGGGAUGUUCAAGGCCAGGUUGGAUGAGACCUUGAGUACUCAAGUCUAGCUGAGAGGCAUCCCUGCCCAUGGGAGGGAGGUUGGAGUAGGUGAUCUGAGGUCACUUCCAAAUUUAAGCCAUUCCAUGAUAUUGAAUGCUGGGGACAGUGCUCACCCACUGCACCUUCUCAUUCCUCCUCCACUAUUUCCACCUCAAAGAAAACUACAAGACACCACCCAGAUCCACUGCUUGGAGGGGAAGGGAAUGGCUUAGCAACCCCCACAUUGAAUAAGCAGUAGCAGAUGAGGUCUGUUCUCUGACUUUUUGAGAGGAAUGGUUUGCUUUAAGUCCUCUUCUGUUGUAGUGUAUCAGAGAGACAGAUCCACACUACAUGGUUGGAAUCUAUCUACAGACUCACCUCCAGAGAACUCAGAGAAAAAGCUCACUCUACCCCAGCCAAGUAGGAGGUAGAAAGAAGAAUCAUCCCAUCCCAAGAAGACAGCACAACACACAGAGACCAAAAAAACCCCAAAACCCACCUAACCAAAAAUGACCCACACAAGUAAACCUUUAAACAAAACCAAAAUCCUAAACCCAACCCCAAUCCUAAGUGAUUCCAGAAGUCUGAGAGUGGUGUUUGCUAAUCUGUAUAGAAGAAAAGAUUCAGAGUCAAAGGAAAGGUUUAUUAGCUUUCCAGUUAAUACCAGUGUUACAGACUUAGCUGAGUGCUGUCAGCCAAACCUGUCAAGCAAUGCUUCUCCCUCCUGCCUAUCACCCACUGCUGUGGUUCCUAUGGCAAGGACCACACUUUUCCUGAUGAUAAUAGAAGACUACCCCAGCAUACAUUUGAUGACUGGGAGGAUUGCACAGGUUAGAUCCUAGGAAGCUAAGCAGUAGGGUUGCAGCAUACUGUGUAUGUUAAAGGCACAGUAUGCUGAAGACACAUUUCAAGGCAUAUUACCUGAGAAAAAUAGGUGCUGGGGAGGCAAUUUUUUAAAGAAAUAUAUUCUCAGACUCUACAAGUCAGGUUUUGGGUUGCUUUUACAUGUUUUUGGGUUUUUGAAGGGUGAAUCUCUAGUCUUUGGUAUUUAAUACACAAUUUUGUACAUGAUUCCUAAGAAUCACAAAUGCUUGGGUUGUGGUGAAUAAACCUCUUUGGAUUUCAUUUAGUCUAGGUACAUGAUAAAGCAGGUAAGGAUUAGCUUUAAAGGAAUGGGUGAGACACAGUUGUCACUGUAGGCCUAAUGGUGUAUCAAUGCAGGGAAAGAAGAUGCAAUCAUUUGUUAGUUUGUAAGGGCAGGGAAAAAGAACAUAAGGAAAUGAACCUGGAAAUAAUGCAGAAAUAGAAUGGAGAAAAAUGGCAAUAAAGAAAAGAUUAGAAAAAUGUUCCCUCUGGCAAUUCACAUGUUUGGGGAACAGCAGGAUUCCUAGUGGGAGUGUUUGUUCUUUAUUCCUUGGCUUUAAUCAGAUCUAUUAUAUUGGCAUAUGUGUUGCUUUUAUUACUGUCAAACUUGCUGCACUAUUUCGAGUGCAGUGUGGUAUUUUUCCUAAGGUUUCCUAUUUCUUAACAAAAGAUUUUAAAGCUCUUGUGUAAUCAUUGGAAAUGUGUUCAUUACAUAAAUGUUGAUAUAUUCUUUUUUACUCAAAAGUGCCAAAGGCUACUGUUUUUAAUAAUGGCUUAUCAAAUUAUGUUAAAGAGCAGAAGUGUAAAAAUUGGAGUGCAGACCUCUGCAUGUAUAUUUGAUAAGGAGCCUUUUGUAAAAUUAUUCUUUGUUUACAUUCCACUGAUACCUUAAUUUAGAAUUAAGUAAACUAACAGGUGACAUCUUAGUGUUCUGAUUUUCUUACUUGCUAAUGAGCACGAAUCUCUUUGUUAGGCUGUGCUUUACUGAGAAAAAGGAAAUACUCAAAAAUUAAAUACGUUUUUAAAUUAAAAUUCUCUAUAUAAAGUAUUGUGUUUAAUAAAAUGUUAUGCAAUGUUUUCAGAUGGAGAAGAAAAUAAUUUGUAAAUUGCUAUAAAUGUAUUUUGUUAAAUAAGUACAGAUCAGUGCUGCUGUGUGCAUUUAUUGUGCAAACAUCAUGAAAAUAAAAAUAAAAAUAAAAUUCCAGUCA